CCAAUGCCCUAAAAUAGCUAUUUGGUUUUGCAAAAUUUUUGACGUUCGUGUCAUCAGUCUUUCACGUGUGCGGUUUUUUUUUUUCAUUUUUACCCCUCUACUUUAAUUGAUUCUACAUCCCAGGGGGUCCAUGGCAAUUAAUAAAUACAAUGCAUUCAGAUAUUUCUUGCGGCAGCGGAGUACUGUUAUUGCUCAACUGGCGCAAAAUCUGAGUAAUCAAGGCAAGAAGACUCCAGCUGCAAUCGAUCGUUUUAAUUCGGAGGUGAUCCUCAGUACAGAAAGCCGAAAUGAAUGUAUAAAGAGAUUGCAAAAGUGUCCAGUAAUGAAAAGUGGCCACUCGGAGGCGGCGAGAACAGCGGCAGUUCUGGUUCCUCUCUGCAUCCACAACGAUGAAAUGGGUCUCCUAUACACCUUGAGAUCAACAAAACUCAGUCAGAAUAAAGGAGAGGUAUCCUUUCCCGGUGGAAUGCGAGACCAUAGCGAUAAUAGUUUCGAAGAAACCGCUCUGCGAGAGACCUGGGAGGAGCUGAACAUCCCAAAAAACUCAGUGGACGUCUGGUCAAGGGCAAAUAUUGUUGGACGAAAACAUGUUCACGUUAUGCCAGUAUUGGGCUAUAUCGGUCACGUCGAUCCCCAACAAUUGCAAUUCAAUCCUCACGAGGUUGAGAAGGCAUUCGUCGUCAGUUUACAAUCGUUAUGUGAUCCUAAUCAUUGGGGUUUUACACAGUUUCGUAAUAAUUAUACACUACCAACUUAUUCCGUUGCUGGCCACAAAAUUUGGGGUCUCACUGCGCUCAUAACACAUAUCAUCCUGGAGGCUCUCUUGCACGAUGUUUAUCCGCAUAAAUUGCAAUUUGUCCGACCCAUUGAGCAUUACGCUAGUAAAAAAGUAUGAAUGUAA